AUGUCACGUGAGGCUGUGACGUCAGACGGCCCUUGAGGCGCAUGGAUAGUGACAGGGUAGCGGUGCCGGGUGUCAUGGAGCUUCCGCUGCUGAACGACUUGUACCAGUUCACCAUGGCGUACGGCUACUGGAGGAGCGGGCGGCACCGGGAGGCCGCGGAGUUCGAGCUCUUCUUCCGGGAGGCCCCGUUCAACGGCGGCUUCACCCUGUUCUGUGGUCUGGAGGAGACGCUGCGGUUCUUGCGGGACUUUCGCUUCUCCUCGGAGGAUCUCCAGUACCUGGCAUCCGUCCUGCCGCCGUCUGUUGAUCGCCGCUUCUUUGACUACCUGGAGACUGUCGAUGCCUCAGAGGUGACGCUGGCGGCUUUCCCAGAAGGAUCCAUCGUCUUUCCCAGAGAGCCGCUGAUGAAGGUUCGGGGGCCCCUCCUGGUGGUUCAGCUUCUGGAGACAACUCUGCUCUGCUUAGUGAAUUACGCCAGCCUGGUCGCCACAAAUGCCGCUCGUUUCCGCCUUGCGGCCGGUCCGGACAAGAGACUGCUGGAGAUGGGUCUGAGGCGGGCGCAAGGGCCUGACGGGGGGCUGUCCGCCUCCAAAUAUUGUUAUAUAGGGGGCUUUGACUGCACCAGUAACGUGCUGGCAGGCAGGCGGUUUGGCAUCCCAGUGUCGGGCACCGUGGCUCACUCCUACGUGGCAUCGUUUACCUCCACAGAUGAACUCCAGGAUCGGGCUUUGCCGCCUGCCAGCGGUCGGGAGGGGGGCGCCGACUUCCUGUCACUGUCACAAUCCUGGCUGGGGAAAGUUUGCCACCUGCUGCAGAUCCCUCCGCAGAGCACAAAUCCCGGGGAGCUGGCGGCGUUCGUGUCCUACGCCAUCGCCUUCCCCCUAAACUUCCUGGUAGUGGUGGAUACCUAUAGUGUGAUGAUGAGCGGGAUCCCCAAUUUCUGCGCGGUUGCCCUGGCCUUGCAGGAGCUGGGGUACACAGCAGUUGGCGUGCGGCUGGACAGUGGAGACCUGGCCAGACAGUCUGUGGAGAUCAGGAGGGUUUUCAAGCUGUGCGCUGAAAGGUUUGAGGCUCCGUGUUUCGGGACUUUGUCUAUCACUGUCAGUAACAACAUCAGUGAGAAGAGUCUGAAGCUCCUGACCCGAGAGGAGAAUGAGAUUGAUGCGAUCGGUGUUGGCACCCACCUGGUCACCUGCACCCUGCAGCCAUCUCUGGGCUGUGUCUAUAAGUUGGUGCAGGUGAACAACCAACCACGAAUAAAGAUCAGUGAAGAUCAAGAGAAGACCACGAUACCGGGCAGCAAAGCUGUGUACCGACUGUACAACUGCUCCGACCACCCACUACUGGACCUCAUGACACUGGAGGAUGAGGCUCCACCAGAGCUGGGAAAGCAGGUGAAAGUAUACAAAUUGGGCAGAAACGCAGACCAUGAGAGUGUGACUCUGACCAGAGUGGAAUCCCUGCAUCGCACCUACUUCCAGCGAGGACAGGUGACGCAGCCUCUUCCAACAAUCUCUGAAAUCAGGUCUUAUGCCCAGAGGUCCCUCACCAGCCUCAGCCCCGACCAUCGGCAGCUGGACGACCCUCAGCCGUACCGGGUUGCAGUCACCGAGCAGCUGCACGGCCUCUUCUCUAGCCUGCGGGGGAGCAGCCGCCAUUUGCAGUGACUAUAGAAGCCUCGGGGUCCUUCAGGUGAUGAAACGUUAGACGGCUGAGCAAUAAUGAACCAUCUGUGAUCCCUACAGAACGGGACCUGCGCCCGAUGUGCAGAGAAGGGCUUUAUACUUUCACCUUCAUUGUCUACUUAAAAAAAAAAGCUGGAUGACUACUACUCCCAUUCUGCUGUUACAUGCCUCAGUGAGGCCUUGGCACCAAGAAAACCUCUUGCUGGAAGUAGAAUUCCCCCCCCCCCAUCUGAACAGACAGAUACUGCAGACCUUCGUGCUGUGGACGUAUUCUGCGAUGCUGAUAAAACCCCCUUCAUCGGAGCAGUGAACCGUACGCACAGUGACUUUUAUAGGUGACCCCCAUGGGCGGCGGCAGAGACCGGGUCGACGGGUCUUGCCUUGGACAAUGGUCACAUUUUGCCUACUGCUACAGCGUCGGUUCACCCCAGGUGACCAGCAAACAGGACAUAGUCUAGUGACCUCGUGGUCAGUGUGAUAAUGGCAAUACUGUGAUUUUUAUUUUAUUUUUUUGUUUCCCCUUAAACCCCUCAAGUGUUGCUUUAGCCGUGUGUUUGGGGUCAUUGUCCUGCUGGAAGGUGAACCUCCGUCCUGGCCUCAGAUCUCGCACAGUGGGGCAGGUUCUGCUCAGAAAUAUCCCUGUAUUUGGCACCAUACAUCUUUCCCUCAGCUCUGACCAGUUUCCCAGUCCCAUCCCCCAGCAUGAUGGAGCCACCACCAUGUCUCACUGUGGGGAUGGUGGUCUUUGGGUGAUGUGAUGUGUUGGGUUUGCGCCAGACAUAG